GCUAGAUACUCAUUAGGCAGAGAUCAAUCAACCCAUAGUCAGAGUCUCUUAGCAUUCACAGAUUCUACAUCGCACUACAUACGGUGGAAUACAUGCGAGCAUAGUCGCCAAUCAAAACGCAUAAAAGUGUCAGUUACUCUUUUUUUUCACCUCUCUAUAUCCCCCCAUACGUCGUCCCAGGAGAAGGUGACACGGUAGGCUUUUCUGUGUUUGGUCCAACUCCUGAUCACAUUCUGCAGUUUGUAAAGUUUCACUAAAACUGGAACACGUUAUCUUGGCUAUUGUCGUGUCUUUACUGUGGAAUCUUUUUGAAAAUGGCAUCCCUUAACCUUUCAUCCAAUGGGCCUUCAAUAGUAAAAAGCUAUCAAGCUGUUGUCAACUCCUCCCCACCCACAAGCUCUUCUUCGCCUACCUAUGGACAAUGGGCAGUGUUUUCAGUUUCAGCACCGCUUGUUAGUGCCUUUCAGCAAGACACAGGCAACAAGGAGAGUGUUUUAAAGGUCCAGAGUACCGGAGAUGGUGAACUUACCGAUCUGAUCGACGAAUUUUCCGAGGGAAAGAUACAGUUCGCCUUUGUUAAGGUCACCGACCCAAAUACUGGACUUCCUAAGAGUGUGCUUAUUGCAUGGUGUGGGGAGGGUGUUCCUGAACGGACGAAGGGUUAUUUUACUAGUCACCUAUCUGCGGUCUCAAAAUUGCUACAUGGUUACCAUGUUCAAAUAACUGCACGUGCAGAUGGGGACUUGACUGCAGAAGGAAUUAUACAGAAAGUGGGGGAUGCAUCGGGUGCUAAGUAUUCCGCAGGAGCUAGACAGCCGGCCGUUGCUGCUCCCAAGCCGCCAAUCUCAUCCAAGCCAGUUUUCACCCCAUCGCGGACUGGUGGUAUCAGCUCGAAUGCCACGCCAGCUACUUCUCAGGUAUCUCUCCAGAGAGAUACCGACAAUGAUGGCUGGGGCCCAGAUGCGCCUCCAGUCACCAGGACAGAGCUUGAAAAGGUGCAGCCGGCCUACCAACCAACCAGGGUUAACAUACAAGCCCUUAGGUCGGAAAAGCCACACGUAGGAAACAUGCAGGUUCAAAAUACCGAAGAUCGUAGCGACGUUGUCAAGGGCGGCUAUCAACCAGUGGGCAAAGUGGACAUUGCUGCCAUAAGGAGGCAGGCACGUGAGGCAGGCGAAUUAAAGGAUGACCGGCCAGAGCCAGUGAGGGGAGCGUACGAACCAGUUGGCAAAAUCGAUAUUGCUGCUAUUCGGGCCAGGGCGCAAAAACCCAGCGAGUUGAUGCCGGAUGAUAGCAAAUUUGCUACACCAAAUAACGUCCAGGGGCAAGCGGAAUCUGGAAACCACGCAAUCACAGGACACUCCGAGCGUUUAACAAGUCUACCGAAGCCAAAAGUCGCGAAUAAGUUUGGAGCGAACCAGUCGUUUACUGGGACCAAACCUCCUCUGCCUAGUGGAUCCAUGCCCAAACCAACUUCAGCAGCUGUGCCCGUCGGUAGCGCAAGCAGAACUUUUGCGGAUGAGGGAGGAAAGACUCCCGCACAACUUUGGGCAGAGAGAAAAGCAAGGGAACGGGGACAAGUUAAUGCAUCUGACGUACCACCAUCGGGGUACGAGGAGCCCUCGCUUCAAACACAGCACAGCGGCAGAGCGGAGUGGAAGAGCUCAUACAGCGGUAGAACGUGGACCCCUGUUCAGACUACACACACUGGAAAGUCUCUCAGCAGCAACACGUCUCACCAGGCUACGGAACCAGCUGCAAACGAUGCCACGGAAACAGAGCCUCGAGUUCCCCAAAGUGUCAGUGCUCUUCGAGAUCAAUUUGUGGACAGGCCACUUGAUGACUCGGCUCCCGAGGCUAGGCCCGAUGAGCCGUUGGAUACAGGACGUUCUGUACCUCUGCCCGGUUUACCAACGGGACCUGUGCAACCAGAAACCACGCAGGAGCCUGAAGCCCACCAAGUGGCUCCGAGCCCUCCUGAGCAGCCUCGGUCCCCUACUCCUCCAACCCCUCCAGUACGGGAAGCCUCGCCUAUCCGUGUUGCCAUGCCUGUUGGACGUGGUGUCACAGAUAUUCAUGAUGAACAACAUUCGCCACCUUCUGUUCUGCCCACGGAAAGCCUUCGUCAGACAGUGCCGAGAGAUGCAGACCUUGCAGAUGACACGCAAGAUGUAGCCCGGGCAACGGCAGAGGCUACAGUUGGGAGUAACUUCCAGACCAACGGUAUUCAAGCCGUGGUGCAGUACGAUUAUGAAAGAGCGGAAGACAAUGAAAUUGAGCUCAGGGAAGGUGAACUUGUGGUGGAGAUUGAAAUGGUUGAUAAGGACUGGUGGUUGGGUUCAAAUGCUCGUGGUGAGAGGGGUCUCUUUCCGAGUAACUAUGUUGAGCUACUGGAAGACAAGCCACAAAAUUCUACCUCGCCAGACUCGCCAGACUUGCAUGACCGCCAUUCAGAUACCAACAUUCAAGAGCAUCAUGCGGCGCCUUUAGCCUCGAGCGCAGCCAAUGGACCCACUGCUACAGCUUUGUACGAUUAUGAAGCCGCGGAAGACAACGAGCUCAGUUUUCCGGAGGGGGCUGAGAUAACUCAUAUCGAAUUCCCUGACGAUGACUGGUGGUUUGGUAAACAUCACAAUAAAGAAGGCCUCUUCCCAGCAAAUUAUGUACAGCUUCGAAAGUGACCCAAGGUGGUGCCUUCCACAAAGACAGGGUUUCGAUGACAUGGAAGUCCAAUGCGUUCAGCUUCCUAUCUAAAGCUGGCAACUUGAUUUGCCAAGCCCUUAGGCCUUUUGGCUGAACAUAGUUUGUCACAUUCAUAUCAGCAAGAAAAAGGGAUGGAAAAAGAGUAUUUCCCCUUGGUGCUGCCUUCGUAGAUAGGACACGGGCCUUCAACGGCACAUGAAAGAUUUUAGUUUAUUGUGUCAUGGUAGCAACUGUCUUAGACUUACUAUAGCAGCACUAAGAAGGGCAAUUUAAUACGAUGUCAUUCUAGUAAACUUUUCUUGACUCUACCAAAAAACCCACGACUCUGC